AUGGAGCAACUCCCUCAAGAGCUAGCCGAUCAAAUUUGCCGCUAUCUGACAGUCGAUGAUUUAUACACGGUCUCACUACUAUCACGCGAAUUCCGCAAAGCCGCCAAAGACUGUGCGCGGAAAUACCCCCGGGAAAUUGUCGAAUACCAGGAGCGAGACAAACAGGCCAUUCUCAAGCGUUACAGUGGCUUUCUACACCACUACAUUGAACGAAUCAAAUUUGACCUCUGGACCCCAGAUCCCAAGGAGCCAGAUGUCGACUCUUGGUGCAAUGACGUGGAUCCAGAAGAACAACGAGAGCGAGACAUCAUUUUCACUGCGCAGAUCCGAGAUCUGUUCGAGACGCUCAAAACUUUGGAGGAGCGUGCCUGCGAAGAAGGCCACGGCGCUUAUGAGUUGGUCAUUUGCGUUCCUGAUGCAUUUUCAAAACGUGACAGUCAAAAUUAUUGCAUUUGUGCAGACCACGCGAAAUGGCGAACAAAGCUACUGGAUCCCGAAAAGCUGCCUGGUCUCCUGUCAGUUCGUGCUCUUCGAAUCAGGGAUCCCGAUGAAGAGUCUUUCAUAAAGCUGGACUAUCGGAUCAUCACCGACCUAAUUGCCCAUCUGCCCAAUGUUGAGAGUGCAGUCUGCUAUAUUGGCGCUGACGAGUCUACACCGCUUUACGUUCACGAGCCUGCUAAAUCGUUCGUGUGGGAGUUUGAUAAUCUACGGAGAGACACGAGGCAUGGACUUCUUGAGGCAAUUGAGUCUUUGACCCUGCCCGAAUCACUGCGAUCCGUGCACUUGGACUUCUUCCCUGGUUCCUACAGCACGGAGGGGAAUCUCCAUCACUACAAAGCGCAGCCAGAUUUCGUUACGCCAGCCACUACGGACCCGUUUAGCAACAGCCUGCGAAUACUUUCACGCAAUCUUCGGCAUCUGACGUUGAGCGCGCAAAUUGAUUCAAGUAUGUUCGUUUUAGAGGACGGCUCAGUCCCAAUAUGGCCAAACCUUGAAGAACUACGCAUAAAAUUUUAUAUGGUCACCCCUUCUGGGAACUGGUAUUUUGAGGGCCCGCGAGGCGAAGGUCGCGACCUCCAUGGCUAUGACAUUGUCGAUGCCUUAUAUCCCGACGACUACCUUCAUGACUGCGAUGACGACGAACGUGGCAGAUCUUUCGAGUCAUGGGGGAAGUACCUAUUCAGGAUAUCACCAAACGAGCAAAUCCUGCGACCGUUUCUAGCGAGUUUCGCGAAGGCCUUAACAAACAUGCCAAAACUGCGGCACGCUGUUUUAUGGACACCACUCGAUCUGGACACAGACUGCUACAGCGAUGACGAUGACUCGGCGUUUGACUAUUACAAUCUACCCUCCUCCUGGGUCAAAGGUGAGAUGGCGUGGGGCCUGCAGUACUGCGCGCCAGGAGAACUGGGCGUCGUUGACCAGAAUCCUCUCCGUAUCAGCGAAUGUCGCCAAAUACAAUGGAACGUUGGGGAGUGGCGGCCUGAUACAGAACUACACGGCAUGUUCCAGCAAAUUGGCCGCGAGCAGCAUGGAGAAGCACUGAAAGAGCGCUGGGACGAUGAUAAAUUUGGCCAGGGCUUGGUGGUACGAUGGGAUUUUGAAGAAUUGACACGGGACGAGCGAUUAUGGUAA